AUGUCGGCGCUCAAGAGAAAACGUGGAGGAAAGGGUCCUGGAGCGAAAAAAGCAAAGAAAGUGAAAUUUGUUGAAAAUGGAGAGUCACAGCAGGACACAGCGACAGAGCAAGAACAGAGUAAUGUCAUCAGCGUUCCGGCUCCGGUAUCAAUGGGUAAAUGGAAAAACAAAGAAAGGGUUCUCGUGUUCUCUUCGCGAGGCGUGAGCUUCCGAGCUAGACACUUAAUGCAGGAUUUGAGGACUAUGAUGCCUCACUCCAAAGCAGAUUCAAAGAUGGAUAGGAAAGACAAACUUUUUGUUGUCAAUGAGGUAUGUGAGAUCAAAAACUGCAACAAGUGUUUAUUCUUUGAGGCCAAGAAAAAACAAGACCUUUACUUGUGGAUUUCAAAUGUGCCACAUGGUCCAUCUGCCAAAUUUCUGGUUCAAAACGUUCACACACUCGCUGAACUUAAGAUGACAGGGAAUUGUUUGAGGGGAUCCAGACCACUGCUGUCAUUUGACCCAAAAUUCGACAAGGAACCCCAUUAUGCCUUGCUGAAAGAGUUGUUUAUCCAGACGUUUGCGACACCACAGUAUCAUCCUAAGAGCCAGCCGUUUGUGGAUCAUGUAUUUACCUUCACGAUUGCAGAUGACAGAAUUUGGUUCAGAAAUUACCAAAUUAUCGAGGAGGAUGCAUCACUUGUGGAGAUUGGGCCCCGAUUUGUCCUAAACCUCAUCAAAAUAUUCCAGGGCAGUUUUGGUGGGCCCACUCUCUAUGAAAACCCACACUUUCAGUCUCCUAACCUGCAUCGACGCGUGAUCCGUCUGGCCAAGGUUGCUAAGCAACGUGAAAGACACAUGGUGAAGGAGGCUCAGAAGAUUAGGAAAUCAGAAGCCAAGGAGGUGGUGACAGAAGAUGUGACUGAUGACGUGUUUGCCACGCCAGCAGAGGAGAAACCUGUGGAGGUUGAACUGGAGCCCCCUGAACCAAAACCAGUAAAGAAACGCAAACUAACAGAGUUAAAGAAGAGGACGCUGUUGAAACGCAAAGGCCUGAGAUAAAAGACUCUUGUUUCGGAGUGACUAAAAAUUGCUCUCUUGACUGUCAGCAGGAGCCAGAGUCAAUUUUUGACUAAUUUAUGGUGUUCGAGAGACUUGACCAGCCUUUUGUAUGCUUGUAUUGAAACUGAGUUUGUAAUCCUGUUCAGUUGUACUUUUUGUCACAGCUAUAAAGAGUACAUCUACAUCUUAUUGUUGCCUGAAAUCUGAAAUCAACUUCCAAUGUUAAUUCCACUCUGAGCUGAACUGAUGAAUGACAACUGUAAAAACUGUUGUA